CCAACAAACCCUAAACCGGGCCACCAUUGGGUUUAGCUCUCUGAUCCAUUUUCAUCAUACAGAGAGAAAAAAAUGGGUCACCAUUCAUGUUGUAACAAGCAGAAGGUGAAGAGAGGAUUAUGGUCACCUGAAGAAGAUGAGAAACUCAUAAACUACAUUACAACAUAUGGCCAUGGCUGCUGGAGCUCAGUCCCUAAACUUGCAGGGCUGCAAAGAUGUGGAAAGAGUUGCAGAUUAAGAUGGAUAAAUUAUCUCAGACCUGAUUUAAAACGUGGGAGUUUCUCUCCACAGGAAGCUGCUCUCAUCAUUGAGCUUCAUAGUAUUCUGGGCAACAGAUGGGCUCAAAUAGCAAAGCAUUUACCAGGAAGAACUGAUAAUGAAGUGAAGAACUUUUGGAAUUCGAGUAUCAAGAAGAAGCUUAUCUCCCAUGAACAUGUUCCGGCUUUGGCCUCUUUUGCUGCCGAUGUUCAUAGCUCGAACCCUAAUUUGAUUCUCAGUGGUCAACAAGAUCAGAUCUUUCUUUCUUCCCCAACUGCACCAUUGCUACAAAGCUUUGUUCAUUAUCAUCAUUCCGAUUUCAAGUCGAAUUCGAGUAGCUUCAACUCCAAUUUGGUUCACCAUAAUUUCCAAUUGACUCCGAUGCUCCCACCGCCGCUUCCUCCUCCGCCUUCCUUCGACCCUUCGUGGACAUUGCCCUUUGCAGUACCCCAACACGAUCUCCACGAUCAUCAAAAUCAAGACGAUGUAUUCGUUAACGACAAGCUUAUGAAUCCGACCAAUGGCUACGACAACAGCUUAAUGUCUCCUUCUCCGACAGUGCCAAAACUCUGUGAAAUCCUCGAAGGGAACAUGAUCUGCAACAUCCCACAUACGUCGGUUUCGUUAGAGAACAACAUCGACCCACUCGUCUCAAGGCUCUCGUCUUGUUUCCCGAUGCCUGGUGUUCCCGGUUCAAACUAUGCACACGAGAUUCAAGUUGAAACAAGCCGGCUGGAGUACAAUAUCGACACCAUCAUCCCACUCAUGCCUUCGUCCUCGUCCUCGUCGUCCUUAUCAGCGUUAUCCAGAGGGCAAUAUUUGACAAACCCUAAUCUUCCUUCGACCAGCUGGGAGCCUUAGGCACAUGGCGGAUUCAUCCCUGUCCCUGCAGUGGAUUUAGCUAGAUAUUCAGUGAGGAUAAUGGUAUCUUGAUGAUAUUCCAUAAAUAAAUAUGUAGGCUAUUAAUUUCCUAUAUAUAUAUAUAUAUAUAUAUAUAUAUAUAGUGUUAGCUUUCUCUUUGUAUCAUGAUCUGUAGGUGGAGGGGACAUUAAAACAGUGGGAAAAUAGUUCAUAUUUAUACAAUUUUAUGUGGUUGAUUUGGUUUUUUAGGAAUUCCUCAGAAUUCUGAA